AUGAACGCCCUAAUAUACGAAGACUCUCCCCUUGCGGAAUUGCUGGAACUCGAAGGGGAAGCAGUCCCGACCGAAAUUGCCCAAGAAGAGACACCGCCGUCUUUUGCUCCUCGAAGUCCGCCUAAUCUACAGGACAGGCUGCGAACAAUAAGGCGAAGCGCUACUUCGAUCCAACCUACGUCAAGCGAACAAAUACUCGAGCAAUUCCGGUACCUAAUCGUCGCAUCUCAUCUAUUAUCGGACGAUGCACCUUCACGACCAGUUGGAAAUGAAUCGAGAGGACGGGAUAGGAGUUUGGUGUACGGCGCAGCAACGACUGUCGCACUCUCUUUCAUAACAGCAUGGGGUUUACAUUGGCUGAGGACACGAGGGGACACAAUCAGAGCUUUGUCGAAAGUCGAGCUCGCCCUAUACUGCACGAUAUCUUUCUGUUUAGGAGUCGCCGUCCUGCUUUUUGUCAGACACCAAUAUUCCAAAUAUGUUCAGAAAACUGCCGCUGCAAGUCUAACGCGUCUAGUUAACGACUCUCAUUCAUUCGAUGUGACAGCUGGGAAGACGCUGAGGUUUAUCCAAGAGAUCGAGCUCGUGGCUCGUGGCUACGACAUUGCGAGCACUCCUCUCCCGCCCAUCAGUCGUCUAGAAGAUAGGAAAGCUAUAAGACGAUGCCAAAAGCUACGAACUGAACUGGCUGAAACCUUGAACCUGUUGAUCACACUGUACGUCGAGAGCCACAACAUUCUACAAUCCUUUGUUGUUCCUCAGGAUUUACAACGAUACCACGAUAUCUACGAGAUUUCCCUAGCUGAAUAUUCAGACGCGAUUCGUGUUGCGAAUGAGUCGUCCCAAGAAGCAAGCACAUUGCUUAAAGAGUUAAGAUUUGCGUCACGAUUACAUGCAGUUGCAAGGAAGGUGUUUCUAUGUGACCUGCUCGCGCUCAGAACUACCCAUGGUUGGCACCGUGUGCGACAAUGGAGGUCUGUGCAAAUGAUUUUACGAGAGAUCGAGGCGGAAACAUUCUGUAGACAGCAAAGCCUUGAGUCUCACGUGCACGAGGAAGAAUUCGGUGUCACUGCGGACUUACAGCAGAGGAGGAACCUGUCCGAAUCCAUGAGUGCCAGCCCUAUGUUUCAGUCACCUCGUUCAAAACAAUUCAAGCUGCAAAUGCGUCGUUUCGAGGAUGUCGCACAAGGUGUUCGAGCUUUGAAUGCUAAAAUUCAUGUCUUCAAUGAAGAGCUGUCUGGGCUCGAGUCUGCUAACACAGACGAAGCGGUCCUGGCAUCGGCGCUGACUAAGCACUACGAAGCACUAGGUACCGAUAUCAGAGCUCUGCAAACAGAUUGGGACAGAGGCAAAUCCUCCCUGCUUCUGAAUAUCUCAACCGACUACCGAUUACGACCUGGAAGCCUCAGUCCGCAUACCCCAGUCUCACCCAGCCCUGGCCAGGGCGGCUUCACCAUCGUGGACGCCGGCACACCCGCAGACGCCCUGCGACACCUAAAUGGUGACGAUAGAUCAUCCAGAUCAUCAGACGCGACUCUCUACGACGAGGAAGUCUUCGAGGCAAUCUCCAAACCAACACCAAGAAAACGCAUGUCCAUGGCUGGUAUGACCCGAGACGAGAAAAUCGCAAAACUGAACGAGGAAAGGCGCAAGCGCGCCACGAUACAAGAGCAAUCCGAUACCACAACGAACAUGCUCAGAGAAUUACAGAUCGUCCUCAAACAUCGCCCACACACAAGAUCUCCGAGCACCCCGACUACACCACUCGCCUCGCGGAUAGUGUCUUUGUGA